AUGUUUACCGUCAGAAUAUUGGUGAGAAAUAUUCAUCUGUUUACCGUCAGAAUAUUGGUAUGGAGAGAGAUGAGAAUGGAACUAAAGUAAAACUGACAAAUUUCAAGAAUCCUGAAAUACGAUAUUCCGAGACCCCGCACACCCUUGAACUAGUUGAAGAGGAGAAAACUGCUCAAUCUCAUUUAUCCUUACACAGUAGUAUACCCUACUCAACCUUUGGUAAGGUGAUGGUGAGUGCGUACCUGGAUCAGGAUGAGAAUAUGGAUUUAGUGGUCGGAGCUCCGGGGAGAGAUGACAGAGGAUGUAUCUAUAUUUUUCUUGAUGUUGAAGAAACAGGAACAGGAGUAGCUGAAGACCAAGCCAACACUAUAAUCUGUAAUCCUGGAGACAGAGGACGCUUUGGUUCAUCUCUCCUUACCCUGGACACAAACCAGGACCAGAUACUGGAUAUAGUUGUUGGAGAUCCCUACGCCGGUGCAGAACUUCUGGAAUAUAGUGGCAGGGUUUAUAUCUUUUCAGGGUCGCUCAACGACAACAAUACUCUCAUCUACCAUCUCACAGAUGUUUUAGACUGUGAGGAAAAGUUUGCCAAUUUUGGCUCCUACCUGUUCAAGGGAGACGUGGAUAAGGAUGGGACAGAGGAAAUACUUAUCUCUGCCCCUUACUCUGGUAGAGAUGGAAUACAGAGAGGAGCUCUUUAUAUUUACUCAACUAAACUCAAAAACUAUACAAUACUGGAAGGGUCAAGGGAUUAUGAAAGGUUUGGAUCUAGCGUUGCUCUUAGUUCGGAAUAUCUUGUUGUUUCAUCUCCCUUCUACAGAAUCUGUUGGUUGAAUGAUUGCACCUACCAUGAGAAUGAUCUACAGAGUGCUGGCGCAUUCACUGUGUUCAGUCUCCGUCCCAACCUUGAUCCAAAACAGAUAACUAGGGUUCAGGGAACUAUGGAGUUUGGAUGUUUAGGUGCAGAGCUGGAUUUUAGAACCUUAAAUAUUCAUGGAAGAUUGCAGGAGGUUCUUGUUGUUGGAGAGAGUAGUGCUGCCAGUGAAUCAGGAGACCUGGAGCAAACAGGACGCAUAAAUAUCUAUUCUUUUAACCAAACAGGAAGUGAGCUGGUGAUGAACAAUCUGGCCAGGAUGAGCGGAGAAAGCGAAAGCGGAAGGUUUGGUCAGGUUGUUUCAGGGUUCGGAGAAGGAUUGGUUGUAUCUGCUCCAUACCUUGGAAACAGUUUGUAUUCUUAUGGAAAGGUUUAUGUUUACGACGGAUUUACUGAACUUCCGGCCGGUGACAUAAGCUCCCACUGCGGUGUUUAUCCUACUCCGUGUCCUGGUCAUUUAGCUUCCCUUGUACUGACAGAUUACCUGGAGAACAGUCUUUUCGGGUCCAGUCUGAACACUUUUCAAGGGAAACAACAAACUCGGAUUCUCAUUAUUGGUUCAGAGAGAAGUAAUGUCAAUGGAAGAUUGUCUGGUUCUAUCUAUUUUUAUAAAAUAUAAAAGAAAUAAAANCUCUAAUGAUUU